AAUUUUCAGCCAUGCUCCGUACAUAGUUAGGUCACCAAUUUAAAGCGUACGGACUACCAUAAAAUUAUUUCACGUGCAUUGUAAGGAGCCACUUCCAUUUUUAAAAUGGUUAAACACUGAAACACGAGUAUAGGCUCUUCAGGGCUUCCAUGCAGUUGGCGUUUAAAAAGAGUGGAAGUAGGUGAAAGAAAAACAACACCAGAGAGAGAUGGACAUAAACCUGUGGAUAAUAGUUUCCAUGGUGGUGGCAAUGAUGUUCUUCGUCGAAAGACUAUGGAAGCCAAAAUCAACAACGAAGUUUGCCGCUGGGGCCACCUAAAUUGCUGAUAAUUGGGAACUUGCACCAGAACCUACGCCAACUUGGUGGUGGUACUGAGUUGCUCUACGUCACCUUAUUCAAAAUGUCACAGAAGUAUGGCGGGUUUAUGACAGUGUGGAUAGGCAUGAAACCGACGAUUAUCAUAAGUGAUCAUGAAGCAGCUUGGGAGGUUCUUGUAAAUUAACAAGUCCACUGACUAUGCCUCACGGACGCUCCCUUACAUAUCAAAAUGUCUCACUGCUAACUGGACAACGCUCUUCUCUUCCGAUCAUGGCCCAUACUGGCAAUCCCUUCGAAAAGGUAUCCGGGGCUUUGCUAUGAAUCCAUCAGCCAUAUCUAGUCAAACACUAUCUCAAGAAAACGAAGUGAUAGCCAUGACACAAACAAUCCAAGAACAAGCUAUGAUCAAUGGUGGAAUUAUCCGCCCCUUGGUCUACUUUCGACACAACAUAGCACGGGUGGUUGGGCACCUUUGUUUUGGCCCUGCCUUCAACAAUGAGGCAUUUAUUAUUGGCAUAGACCCUCUUAUUAACGACGCCAUCAGCCUAUCUGCUUUUACCCGUUUUUCCGAUGCUUUCCCUUUCUUUCGCUCCAUCCCGGGCUUGUGGGGUCCAUAUAGACAAGCAUUUGAAAUUUGCGAUCGUAUAGUGUCGAUGGUACAGUCAGAAAUCACUCACUACCAAUCAUCAAAAUCGCCAUGCACCACUUGCUACUUGCACUUCCUCCUCUCGCAUGGCUACCCGAUGGAAACCAUUAUCUUUAUCUUAUUCGAGACAUUCUUGCUCACCAAUGAUAGCACAUCAUUUACUAUUGCUUGGGCUCUAGCAUUCCUUAUACGAAACCCCGAAAUCCAACUGAAGCUAUUUAAAGAAGUAAGCGGAGGAGACGAGAAGAGAGAGAGGGUGACUGUAGAUCAAGUGAAUAAGAUGCCAUAUCUUCAAGCUGUAGUGAAUGAAGUGCUUCGGAUGAAACCGAUUGCACCUCUCGGCAUCCCCCACAAGACAGUGAAAGAUACUACAUUGAAGGGUUGGAAGAUCGACGAGGGUACUGCUGUUAUGGUAAAUAUCUAUGCUCUCCAUCACGAUCCAAAGGUCUGGGAUCAUCCAGAGCAGUUCAUGCUAGAGCGGUUCCUGAAUGAAAAUGCACCCAUGGAAAAGUCUUUGCUUCCGUUUGGAGCAGGUAGGCGAAUUUGUGUAGGAAGGGAUCUGGGCAAGCUUCAGGUGGGCCUCACCCUGGCUAAUUUGAUUAACAAGUUUGAAUGGGUUGCCACUGAUGGGGAUGGCCCCGACAUGACUGAUGCUUAUACUGCUAUUCUUAGGAUGAAAGAGCCCCUCUUGGCAGGUAUCAAGCUUCGUACUAACCUUGGAACCACCCUCUCUUGAAGGUUUUGUGACCAUGGAUACCACCCAAUAAGAAACUUUUUAUGUUUUAAUAAGUUAAUUUUUCAACUUUAAAUAAGUUUGGUCAGCACGUUAUAAAAUUUACUCAUGUGAUGAAAGUUAUUUAUCCAGGUAAGUUUUUUUGUU